CAGAAUAUCUCCUGCCAAGACGAGACGACUCCAUCGGUCCGUCCAAUACGGUCUCGCUCACACUCCCUCUCGGCAAUUCACAGUAGCAGGCGUCGUCUGUGCAGCCGUGAUGUCGGUGGUGCUUAAGCUUUCCCGAUCAAACCGCAUCUAUCGCUCCUCAGAACCAGUAGAAGGGAAAAUCGUCACAAAUCUCCCUUCUUCAAUUUCCCACCAAGGAAUUCGCCUUACCGUCAAUGGAGCCGUGAACAUGCAGGUUCGCGGUGGAACAGCCGGAGUGAUUGAAUCUUUGUAUGGUGUCAUAAAGCCUAUCUGUAUCAUGAAUAAAAAUGUUGAGGUUAGAUCUUCUGGAAAGCUAGGUUCAGGUACAACCGAGAUACCAUUUUCUGUACUUUUGAAACAACAGGGAGAAAAUAGUUCUGAAAGAUUUUAUGAGACCUUCCAUGGAGCAAAUAUCAGCAUUCAGUAUCUCAUUACUGUAGGUAUAAUGAGGGGAUAUAUGCAUAAAUCACUAUCUACUACAAUGGAGUUCAUAAUUGAAAGCGAAAAGGUCAAUCUUCUUGAGGCACCCAUUUCUCCUGAGGUGGUUGUCUUCUAUAUUACUCAAGACACACAAAAGCACCCAUUACUUCCUGAGCUACUAUCAGGUGGAUUCCGUGUCACAGGAAAAAUAUCCACCCAAUGUGCUUUGACAGAACCUCUUAAUGGUGAACUGAUUGUAGAAGCAUCUGCAGUUCCUAUACGUUCAAUUGAUAUCCACUUGCUCCGUGUAGAAUCAAUACUUACUGGGGAAAAAUAUAUUACUGAGACCUCUCUUAUUCAAAGUACACAGAUAGCAGAUGGAGAUGUUUGUCGCGCUAUGACUAUACCAAUCUAUGUAAUACUUCCUCGUCUAUUGACUUGUCCUACAAACUUAGCUGGUCCAUUUUCAAUUGAGUUUCAGGUUUCCAUAGUCAUUACCUUCCAGUCAGAUCUAUCCAAACUGUACCCAAAAUCUGAUCCAAGAACUCCUAGGCUAUGGCUCGCAAUGGAGACCCUACCGCUGAGAUUGGUUAGAGCAAAGUGAUGCAUUAGAGAAUAUGGAGAGAGCUGCGGUUUCAAUGGCGGUUCCGAUGACAGUGGAGAUUCAGGCACUGGUAGGGGCGGUUUGGUGCUGUGCAGGGACGGUGGGGAGGGAGGAGAAUGAGAAGAGAAGAUAUAGGGAAUGAAAAAAGAGACAGAAGCUGGAGCGUUAAUUAGAUUUCAUAAAAUCUGGAGUUCACUACCGUUAAGUCUGAAUUCCGUCAGUUUAAAAGAUAAGAGGGAGAGGGUGGCGUGUUCUAUUUUAAUUGGAUGGGACAGAAAAAUUUCUGUCUCUUGGAGACAGACAAUUUGAGCCCUUUGGUCUCCAUUCUAUUACUCCCCAUGCAAAACGGCGUUCUGUGUACCGGACGAGUGCA